UCUUCAUAAACAGCUCGUCAACCACCUCGGUCGCUUGCUAGCCAACAUAGCCGUAAGAUUCAAGCUAUUUAUACGCUUUCGGUGUAUAUUAGCUGCUGUGUUUUCGACACACUUAGGUCGUAUCAACUUGUUAACCUAUUUAAUAUUACGUUAUUUUGUAUUAGUCAGCUAUAGUAGCUGGCUGGUUAAGUUAGCACUGGGCUAGUCGCUAAUGAUAGCUAGCUAGCUAACAUCCCCGAACAUGAGCUCCAUAAACUUCUCCCCUCCUGUUAAAGAAGAGGAUAAGGUCUGCUGGACGGAGAAAGGAGGUCUGUGGCUGAACAUUAACGUGAAAGAGGAGGAGGAAGAAGAGGAUGUCACAGUAAAUCAAGAAGUAGAGGGUGAGGCUGUUACAGUGAAAGAAGAAGAGAAAGACGUUUCAGUGAAAGAAGAGGAAGACGCGUUCAGAGUUAAAGAGGAGGAAGAUGAGAAAGAGGAGGAUGUAGUUUUUGGUGUGAAAGAGGAGGGGGAGAUUACUGUCACAUUGGAGGAAGAAGAGGAGGUUGGAGAUCCGUUUAACACAAGAGAGAUACGGGACUAUCGUGGAUCCUCUGGGGAGCCUCAACAACCUCAUGAUGCUGACGAGGCAGAGAAGAGUCUCUCCCGAUCAGAACGCCUCAAUAAACACCAGCAGAGAUCCACAGGGAAGAGAACUCACUGCUGCUCUGACUGUGGGAAGAGAUUCACCUCAUCAGGCAUUAAAAUUCAUCAAAGGAUCCACACAGGAGAGAAAUCUAAUAGCUGUGAUCAAUGUGGGAAGAGUUUUACUACAUCUGGCUCUCUGACAGUACACCAGAGAAUACACACAGGAGAUAAACCUUAUAGCUGUGAUCAAUGUGGGAAGAGUUUUGUUACAUCUAGCAAUCUGACUAUACACCAGAGAACACACACAGGAGAGAAACCUUAUAGUUGUGAUCAAUGUGGGAAGAGUUUUGUUACAUCUAGCAAUCUGACUAUACACCAGAGAACACACACAGGAGAGAAACCUUAUAGCUGUGAUCAAUGUGGGAAGAGUUUCACUACUUCUGGCUAUCUGACAGUGCACCAGAGAACACACACAGGAGAGAAACCGUAUAGCUGUGAUCAAUGUGGGAAGAGUUUUUGUCAAUCUAGUGAUCUGACAGUGCACCAGAGAACACACACAGGAGAGAAACCUUAUAGCUGUGAUCAAUGUGGGAGGAGUUUUACUACAUCUGGCUCUCUGACUUUACACCAGAGAACACACACAGGAGAGAAAUCUUAUAGCUGUGGUCAAUGUGGGAAGAGUUUUACUACUUCUGGCUAUCUGACUUUACACCAGAGAACACACACAGGAGAUGAACUUUAUAGCUGUGAUCAAUGUGGGAAGAGUUUUGUUAAAUCUGACCAGCUCACAGUACACCAGAGAAUACACACAGGCGAGAAACCCUAUAGCUGUGAUCAAUGUGGGAAGAGUUUUACUACAUCUGGCUCUCUGACUGUACACCAGAGAACACACACAGGAGAGAAACCUUAUAGCUGUGAUCAAUGUGGGAAGAGUUUUGGUCAAUCUAGCCAGCUGACUGCACACCAGAGAACACACACAGGAGAGAAACCUUAUAGCUGUGGUCAAUGUGGGAAGAGUUUUGGUCAAUCUAGCCAGCUGACAAUACACCAGAGAACACACACAGGAGAUAAAUCUUAUAGCUGUGAUCAAUGUGGGAAGAGAUACUCUGGUAAAAGAUCUCUGAUCAAACAUCAGAAAAUACAUGAAGGAGUUUUUUCAUGAUAUCAAUUAAAUAAUUAAAUGAUGUCACAAUGUAGAUUACUGGAAUCACAAUGCAACACUUCAAACUGUUUCUGCAUAUUGGUUAUUGAUUUGGACACGUUAAAACUGUGUUUUGACAUUGCACUAUUCCCAUUUAGCCAAAUGUCAUUCAAAAGACGUUGAAAAUAAGACUAUGCCCGACGUCCAAUAUAUUUUCGGUUGUAGUUGAAAGUGAAAGUUGAAAAGAUGUCUUUUCGGGUCGUUUUUUCAAUGACUUGAAAACAGCUUAAUUUCAACAUACUUAUACACCUAUAAUCAAUUUUUAUUAACAAUCCUACAUCACUCCAGUAUUUCUUUACAACAUUCAAAUGCUAAUUGUCUUUAUUCCACUACUGAAGAAGCAUGACUCAAAUCACCUCAUAUAUUCAAACAUUCAGCCUGACAAAAGAUACAUGUUUUAUUAUUCCAUGCCUCACCAUUAAGUUAAUUAUUGCCAAUACAUAUUAACAAAGGGGUGUACAUUUGGGUUUGAUAAUUCAUAUUUACAAUUAUGUAACAUUUAGUAAUCAUAGUUAUUCAUGCAACCAACUUGACAUUUUUGGGUACAUUUAUAUUGACAUUGUUACCCUGCUUUUAUAUCCAACAACAUGCCUAUCUAGUGAACCCUGAAAGGAGAGAGAAGCUCUGCAGUGAGGUGGAAAGUUACUACGGAUAUCGCAGGAGUUUCCUCUUGAAAUCAGACAUGUCUGCGGUAAGGACAACUUGGUUGCUGAUUAUCUCAAGGGUGGGCAGUCAAAUAGAUUUGUGUUUUGCAUUUAGCCAGUGAGUUACCAUGAUCACAAUUUAUUUUGACAUGUUUUUCCCGUGUUGGAGAUUAGUUUUAUCUCUUAUUCUUUUCUGUAUUUAAAAAAAAACUGCACUGUUAGGGGCUCGUAAGUAAGAGUUCCAGUGUUGUAUCCGGCUCAUGUGACUAAUACUAUUUGAUUUGAGUUUUGUUUGGGCUCGUUCCAAGGGGACGAGAGUUCUAGAAGCUAGUGAGUUUUAUGAAGACGAGAGUUCUAGAAGCUAGUGAGUUUUAGGAAGACGAGAGUUCUAGAAGGGAAAAAAUAAUAGUUUAGGAAUCUAUAGAAAGAAAAAGGAGAAAAGAUCUGAUAUUAUUAUACAUUCUAUAUUAUUAUUUAGAAAUACGUGUUUUUAAUUGUUGACAGCCAGUAGACACCAUGUUUACAUUGUAAAAGGUGAAGCAUUGUAGAUGAUUAUGUGAAAUGGAAGUUGUGGAGAUACUCUGAAUGAUUGGCUAUGAAAAGCCAACUGACAUUUACUCCUGAGGUGCAGAUCUGUUGCACCUUCGACAACCACUGUGAUUAUUAUUAAUUGAAUGCAUUCAACUGAAAUGUGUCUUGGGAGCACUGAUUGGUGUCACCUCGUUAGUCAGUAUGUGUUACACCUGUGCUGGCUUGUCCAUCUCGUUAGUGGGAAGGUGUUUCACCUGAGCUGGUCCAGGUUCUAUUUAAGAGUGUCUGGCCCAGUGCUCCAGUUGUCUUGACAGAUGUGGAGAGUCAACACCUUUAGUUGCUCCACCUUUUUGGUUUGCUUCCUGUCUUUAAGUUUAUUGUGGGUUUUUCUUUUGUUUUCCUCUUCUUGGUCAGAUUUAGUGGGUCUCAUGGUGGGUGUCUUUUAUGUCCAAGUUGUUGUUACUAGUCAACUUUCAGUGGACACAGAGCAAAACUGCAACAUUAUGUUAUAAUACUUUUAUUGCAUCAAAUGGUUGUUUUAUGCAACAGAAUAGAGGGUUCUUAGAACUAUUGUGUCUGUGUUCUACUGAGGAUGGGCCUCUGGGAGAACACACUGACAGGACAUUUACAAUGUCUUUUGGGUGAUAAAACCAAAAGAGACCGCAUUCCAGAGCAUGAGUUAAUGUUUCUGUUCUAUAUGGUACCAGGGAGAGAUGACCCCAGGGCCAGACCCUGGUCUCUACACAAAGAGUACUGUUUUUACAGCAGAUACUGUUUGCUGAGUAUUAUAAGUAUAUUUCAUACAAAUCUUAACCUUGUGACCCGUUCUAUACAUCUGUUGUUGGUCAUGUAGGUUGAAAGGGGUGUAUCUUGGCUAUAAAAGACCUUUGUACUUUUGUCUCGUGGCUCUCAAAAAAUAAUCUGGGGGUGAUUUGUCGACCAGCCAUCCUUAUCGUAGAGCACUCAAUUGAUUCACUUUAUAUGUGUGCGUUGUAUUGACCUGCUCCCUUAUUAAUAAGUGAAUAAAGAUUUAGUUUAA